AAACACGUACAGUUUUGAUUUCUUACACAAUUCGAUAUCGACAUUCCUAGCCUCCCUCCCUCGCUCGCUCUUGCCCUUCCAUCCCUUCGUCCUUUCUUCUCUCGAUAUCAGCCCUAUAACUCCCUCCCACUCUCAUCCUUUAAAAUUACAUCAUUUUGUCUCUGCUGUUUCCUCUAUGCAGUCUCUUUUCUUUCUCAUUGCUUUAGAACUGGGUUAACCCAUUUCGCUUUAUCUUUCCAACUGAUUCGUUUGGUUUUUAGGCCUCUGCAGGAAAAAUUGAAAUUUUUUUUUUUAUGUGGGUUAUGAGAAAGAUUUGAUUUGUAUUUGUAGGGUUUGUUGCGGUAGAUCGUGGAUUGUGAUUUCGGGUUUUUUUGGGGUGUGGGUUUUUGUCAAUGGGCGCUUUGGAUGAGGGGCACUUCAAUGUGGAGCUAAAAGGGAAUGGAGUGGAGCUAAAGGGUGGUUGUAUAGAGCUGGGAUUUGAGGAAGAGAGAGAGACGACCGUGGCCAUUGAAGAUGCUGUAAAGUUGCUGUUGCAAGGUUUGGGUGAAGAUAUCAAUCGAGAAGGUCUAAGAAAGACCCCACUUCGUGUUGCCAAGGCCCUCAGAGAAGGAACCAGAGGCUACCGACAAAAGGUGACAGAUAUUGUUCAAGGGGCUUUAUUCCCUGAAUCCGGGUUGGAAAGUGGAAUCGGGCAUGCUGGAGGAGCUGGUGGGCUUGUUGUUGUUCGGGAUCUUGAUCUUUUCUCGUACUGUGAGUCAUGUUUGCUUCCAUUCCAAGUCAAGUGUCAUAUUGGGUAUGUCCCAUCCGGGCAGCGUGUUGUAGGCCUAAGCAAACUUUCUCGCGUUGCUGAUGUCUUUUCAAAACGACUGCAAGACCCACAACGUCUAGCAGAUGAAGUAUCUUCAGCUUUGCAAGAUGGAAUCAAGCCGACAGGUGUUGCCGUCAUUCUCCAGUGUUCACACAUUCACUUCCCGAAUUUUGAGUCAGCCUUUCUUGACUCAAAUCACAGAGGAUGGGUAAAGGUGAUCGUUUGUUCUGGUUCAGGAGUUUUUGAAAAUGACAAGGCAGAUAUUUGGGGUGAUUUUCUGAAUCUCUUGAGAUUCAGAGGCAUAAAUGUUGAGAAAAUCCAUCCCAGAGACUCAGAUGACAAAUCUUGGUGCCCAUCUCAGGCUAUAUCUAAGAUGGGAGCAGCCAAUUCAGGAAUGAUUGCUGCGGUAGCUUCAAUUCUUCGUUCCUUGGGUGAAGACCCAUUAAGGAACGAGCUUCUAGGAACUCCUACCCGUUUUGUGAAAUGGCUUAUGAAUUUCAAAAACUGUAACUUGGAGAUGAAGUUAAAUGGGUUUGGUCUUUGUCGACUAGAUGCCGUUAGAUCCAAUGGGAACGAAGACAUCCAUUCUGAGCUAAACUUGCCAUUCUGGUCCCAAUGCGAACACCAUCUACUUCCAUUUCAGGGAUUUGUGCACAUUGGAUACAUCUCUACUGAAGGAGUCAACCCCAUUGGGAAAACUCUCCUGCAGUCAAUAGUGCAUUUCCAUGGUUUCAAGCUCCAAGUACAGGAGAGGCUCACCAGACAAAUAGCUGAGACAGCUUCAUCACUGCUUGGUGGAGAUGUAAUGGUGGUGGUUGAGGCUAACCACACUUGCAUGAUCUCUAGAGGGAUUGAGAAGUUUGGAAGUAAUACAGCUACGCUUGCUGUCUUGGGUCGCUUUUCAACUGACCCUGUUGCAAGAGCAAAAUUUUUGGAGAGCAUCCCAAACUCUGCCACUGCUGGAUGAAGAUUUUUAUUUGUUCAUGACAGACCUCUAAAUACGAUUUUUUUCACAACAAAGAUGCCCUGCGUUUUUCAAAUCUUGUUUUCAGAUAGCUGGGCAACCCAGAAGGAGAUCCGACAAUGAUUUGGAGAAAUGUCGGUCUCCCUCAGAGUUUUGUUUGGUGGAUUAGGGCUUUCAGACUGGAGUCCGAAAGGGUAGGGAAGUUGACGGAUUUCAUUUCCUUUUUCUUUUAUUUUUUUUCCUCCUCUACUUAUUGUUUGUAGCAUAAAGGUCUGCUUUGCCAACAAAUGGGCAAGGAUAAUUCUUGACAACACCUUACUUUUGAGGUUUCUCGUUACCAUUACUCACAUGAUUACUUGGAUCAAUUAUAUUGCUACCAAAGUUUCACACU